AUGCAAGCACAAGCUAAUGUUAGCAAGUUGUUUAUUCCAGUAGACCUUGGUGGUGAAAAGAGAAAUAAUGGUCGUUACGAGCAGUUUAAGUAUCACUACUGGGGCUAUUCGAAAUUCUCAGCCAAUCGUCAUGAGAUCCAGCCUUCGAGUACCAACAAUUGCUCGACCUCUUAUCAAAUUACACACGGAAUAUCGAAACGAAAUCUCCGACCAAGACAACUUUGUUUGCUCCAGGACGAUGGAAUCGAAAUUGUAGAUGUCAAUGAAUGGGAGGCAGAACAUGGAACCAUUGACUAUUUGUUCAUUUGCUAUACCACCCUGCAGUUCAGUCACGAAACCAACGAAGACAUGGAUGAGCUUCAUCGUAUUGCCGAAUCUGCAGCUCGAAGAGCUGGGGUUGCUGCCUACUGGCUUGCAUGCAGCUGCAUGCCUCAAGACGAAGAACGUUUCGAAGACGUCUACCGGAUAAGCGACGUCGUUCGAGGCGCCCACUCUCUGGUCGUAAUCAUCGGCCCCCCUCAGGGCUCAAACCCGACCGUGAAAGAGAUGCUUCAACAGCUUGGAGCGAGGCUGUGGACAUUUCCCGAAGUUCUCCUAAGUCCUUCCAACCGAGUUAUCUCAGUGUACACCCGCGACUGUGACACGGAUUCUUUCCGCACUCUUUCCAAACGGAACUUUACCGUGGAAGCUUGGGACGAUGCUCUAAUCUCAAGAGAGCUUAUCGAUCAUUAUGAAGCGUCGAUUCUACUGAGUCCUCUGGAGCUGGUUUCUCUUGCCUUGAAAUGCUUUCCAAAUCGUGAGAAAUCCAUAUACGCCGAUGGAGACUUUUCAUACGCCUUGAUGGGGCUAUUGCGGCGUCGCCCAAAAGUCAAUAAGGAAGACUCGGCUUUUGAAGCUUUCUGUAGGCUGUCCUUGGCUAAUGACAGUGACCAGCUCAUCGAGCGGAUGAUAUGCAUGCUCCCCCGAGAUAUUGGUCAACCAUGGAAUGAGAUCGAUGACUUCUGGGACAGUAAGCUCUGGGAAAUCGAGCCUCAUUGCCAGGUUGUCGGUAUAGGAGGCGAAGAUACCGUGAUUUUAAGUGGUGCUUUUGGCGCCCCAAUACGGUGGAACUCAUACCGGCCGGUCAAUCUCUUGAUGCGCAACACUGUUAAACGCUGGGUUGCUAAAGUCGUCCUCCGCAGUAUUCCCGCAUUCCUUCUCAUAGGCGUGUUACUGUUAGCAAUGGGUCUGGCAGUGCAAGAAAAUUAUAUGCUGGAAUAUAAGGUGAUGGGGGGGAUAUUCACCGGAUUCUCGGUUCUGGUAAUACUAGCGUCUCCGUACCUCAUUUGCUCUCUCUAUGUUGGCAAGACCUGGGCAGCGCAACCAUGGCUGUUCGGAUUUGAAGGCUACAUGGAGAUUGGUGAGAUUGAGAGACUGAUCUUCGGUAUUAAUAUUGGCCGAUUAAGGUGGAGUCCAUAUUCCAGUGACCUCUCGCUGCACCAUGAGGAUGAAAAUGGUGAGUGCGUGGGACAAGACCCCAGGCGUAGAGCUUCGACUGCAAACUUUAUUUCUACCGCUCGCAGAUCCCAGUAUGGAGAGCUGAAGCUUUUCACCUUGGUUGAUACCAACACUUUCACUGUUACAUUGUUCCGGGCAGUGCGUCCGCCCGUGGCGAUGUUACUAUGCGGCAGCGAAGGUGGUAUGCAAAGAGCGCUUCUUUGUUCUUACGAAUGGAAAUCCCAGACACUCUUUCGCGAGACUGUUCUGCGGGUGCCGACCACAGUAUUGGAGCGCAUGUCACGCGUGGAUCGAUUUCGCUUGGGGUUGAAAAGAUCUGUAGGGGAGACAGUGAGGGCUGAUAGUGUUAGGUGA